CAACGAUUCCAAUUUCCAUGGUUCCACUUUCCAGCGUUUUCAUCUCUUCGAGACUCGGGAGUUGUACUCGACUCUUCGUUCUUCUCUCACGAUUCAGCCUUUUAGGUCCACAAUUCAAGAUUCAAUUAAUGUCACUAGUCUUCAAGAAUAAAACUCGUCAUUCCUCCAUUGUCGAUUUCUCCCUCACCCUUAACCCUAGACAUCGACACAAACUUACUAGAAAUCAAGAUUCAGGAAUAAAUUUGAACAUCUCAAAGAACAAUUUGAAGUCUUCAAUGGAUAAUCUUCCGUUUCCACUCCAAAAUCCGAACCCCAUUGACAAUCAAGAUCAACAACCCGCACAAUCAAAGAGAAGUUUGGCUUAUGCAGUUUGGUGUCAUUUUAAAAAGCAAAAGAUUGAUGGAGUUGAUAAGGUCAUAUGAAACUAUUAUGGUAAAAAAAUUAAGUGGAAAAAGCAAGAAUGGAACAAGACACUUGCAUGAUCAUUACAAGAUUUCUGGAUCAAAGUACUCUAGAUUUUGAUAUGUAUGAGUUAAAUUUAUAAUUGUAGUUUUACUUUUAAAUCCCCUGUAAAAUUCAUAAGUAGAAGCAUGAAUAUUUUAACAUUUUUUUUUCUA